UAGUAUGAGGCUCCCUUCCCACCUCAGUCAUUGGCUUGCUGGCUCCCUUAUGUGAUGAAUCAAUGCUUUCAGAACAGGGGCUUCUCAGUGACUGCGGGAACAAUUACUUCCAAAUGAACUCGUGCAUCUUAGCAGGGAGCGUUCAGACCACACCCCAGGUCUCUUCUGGUGAUUCUGAAGCCAAACCUCUGAUCUUCACAUUUGUUCCCACUGUCAGAAGACUACCAACCCACACUCAGUUGGCUGACACCUCUAAAUUUCUUGUUAAAAUUCCAGAAGAACCAAGUGAUAAGAGUCCAGAAAGUGUAAAUAGGUCUAAUUCCAAUGACUACUUGACCUUGAAAGAGAGAGACCAAGGGACGUCGACUUAUCCUUCAGAGGUCAGUGAGACAAUUUCUCAAGAAAGGGAAAUUAAAGCAAACACACUUCAAGGCAUGCAGCAAAGUGAUCUCUUCAAAGCAGAAUAUGUCUUUGUUGUGGACUCUGAAGGAGAAGAUGAAGCUACAAGCAGAAAAGGUGAACAAGGACCCUCAGGAGGGACGGUCAGCACAGCCACUCGGCCUAAGUCUCUAGCCAUCUCUUCCAGUCUAGUCUCUGAUGUGGUGCGUCCCAAAACACGGGGAACUGGUCUCAAAGCCUCAUCAUAUCCUGAAAUGGCUCAUGGAAUGGUCCCUCAGCAAAAGCAUGGACAGUUAACUUCUUCUCCCACUACCUCUGAGCAGCUUGCCUGUAAACCACCUGCUUUCUCCUUUGUUUCUCCAACUAAUCAGAACACACCACACGGCCCAGUUAACCUCGACGGAGACUCUGUCCUAGAGGAGUACCACGCUAGGAGGCUGGAUGUCAAUGGGGCCGUGGUGCAAGAAUCAGCUACGUAUUUUCAUACUACUGCUCACUCUUCACCCUUUCCUGCAUCGAAGGGCACCUCCUCGACGUUUCCGCUUCCCCAGUCCACUCAACUGUCAGGUUCUAACUUAUCCAGUCCAAGUGCAGCCGAUCAAAAGCCUGGACUGACGUCUGAAGUCCCGAAGAAGACGACUUUAACCUCGCAUGUCCUUAGUCGUGGAGAAAGUCCGAGAACCUCUUCUCCUUCACCAUCCUCCGGUGCUUCUCUGAAGUCGAAUCCAGCCUCGUACAUCCCAGUCCGUAUCGUCACCCAUUCACUCUGUCCAAGUCCGAAACCAUUUCCCUCCUCUUUCCACGGCUCAUCUUCCACAAUCUGUAGCCAGACGUCAUCUAGUGGAAAUCUUUCAAAGGCAGGCGUAAAAUCUCCGGUGCCCUCUAGGCUGUCCCUUCUCACGGCUAUUCUCAAGUCAAACCCUUCUCACCAAAGACCUUUCUCCCCGGCUUCGUGUCCCACCUUCUCUCUCAACUCUCUGGCCUCUUCCACGCUCACACUUGAUCAAAAAGUAAAGGAAACCCCACCCACACCUAAAAAAUCUCUCUCAAGUUGCUCCCUAAGAGCCGAGUCUCCAGACAAAGGGGAACACCAGGUUUCUGAGCUGGCCAAGCAAUCUUUUCGCUUACCUUUUUCCACCAAGUCUGGUCCCCUUUCUCAGGUGCCCUCCCUGUUUCCUACAAAACAUGUUGAUAGCAGUAUUGUUUCCUUGGAUGUAGAGCAAACACCCUCAUCCACUUUGAAGAGCAAUACGAUACUCUCCCUGCUACAAACCAAUACAUCGAGUUCUGCAGGUCUUCCUCCUGUUCCACCAAGCUCCUCUUUCUCUUCUUUGAAGGGCAAACAGGAUGGUGACGUCAGGAGUCCAGAAAAGCCCAGGGAUAUUUACUCACACCCUUCCACAUUGGCCUCCUCUGCAUUAUCUUCUGUAACUCCUCCUAUUAGUCAAAGAGCCAUGCUCUCACCUGCAGAUAAAUGUUUCCAUCCUUCCCCAGCUCUUUCAAACCUGAUAAACAGAUCCCAAAAAGCAUCGUAUCAACUAUCUGGCCAGAAACUGAAUCCUUCAACUCUUCCUUCACUGCCUGUUUCCACUGCUGGUUCUGCCACUCUUCCUAACUUGGGGUCCUCCUCCCUUCCUCGUGCUAAUCCGCCCACCCAGGAGCUCCAGCUCAGUCCCUCAGCACUGCACCCAAAUUGUGGCAGUGGUUCCUUGCCUUCAAGACUUGGGAAAUCUGAAAGCAUCAUAUCCAACCACAGGUCACCUGUUUCGACCUUGUCACUUCCCAUAGCUCUAACAAGAACUGAGCAGCCGAUUUCACCUUGUGCAUGGUCUAUGUCAACAGGCCCUGAAAAUAAGAAGCCCAAGCAGUACAAGACCAAGUCAAGCUACAAGGCUUUUGCAGCAAUCCCUACAAACACAUUGCUUUUGGAACAGAAGGCACUAGAUGAACCAGCCAAGACUGAAAGUGUCUCCAAGGACCACACAUUAGAGCCACCUGUGGAGUUUUGUUUUCCUGCACAGCUCAGGCAGCAAACUGAAGAGCUCUGUGCUACCAUUGAUAAGGUCUUACAGGACUCUUUGUCUAUGCAUUCUUCUGAUUCUCCUUCAAGGUCCCCACAGACAUUGUUCGGUUCUGACAGAAUCAAACCUCCUACAACUCUACCAAGAGCAGCUGGUCGAGAAACCAAAUAUGCCAAUCUCUCUUCACCAUCACCUACAGUAUCUGAAAGUCAACUGACCAAGCCUGGAGUAAUUCGCCCAGUACCUGUAAAAUCCAGAAUACUACUGAAAAAAGAAGAAGAAGUCUAUGAGCCCAAUCCUUUCAGUAAAUACCUGGAAGAUAACAAUGACCUCUUUUCUGAGCAGGAUGUGACAAUCCCUCCCAAGCCUGUUUCACUCCAUCCUUUAUAUCAGACUAAACUCUAUCCUCCUGCUAAGUCCCUGCUGCAUCCACAGACCCUCUCGCAGGCUGACUGUCUUGCCCCAGGACCCUUCAGUCAUCUGUCCUCCUUCUCACUGAGUGAUGAACCGGAGGAUUCUCACACCCUCCUUAGUCACAAUGCAUAUAACAAGCUGAGUCAUCCAAUGGUGGCUAUUCCUGAGCAUGAAACUCUUGAUUCCAAAGAGCAAUGAAGUUGGAACAGAAGCUGAAAACACAGGCUGCUAAAGUUUUUUGGAAUGCUGGUGCUAACCACUUGCUAGAUUUAACUUCUAUUUUUUCAGAUUGAGCACUCCCUUUAUGAACUGCAGUGCAGCAGCAAAAUUUAAAAAAAAGUUUGCUGCAGUAAUAUAGCAUCACAGUAUUCUACUAACAUCAGGCAUAGGAGAGAUUUACCUACAGCUUCUUGCACCACCGUUCAAGCCUUUAAUGCCAUUUAUUAAGUUGACUGCAAUACUAACAUGCCCCUAUAUUUAGCAGCCAAAUAAAGAAGAAUCAUGGGUAAAUAGAA